GUCGUCCGAAAAUAUAACAAUUUAGUCGGACGCCUCUCCCUCUUUUCACUCCCGGCGUCUUUGCUGGUAACUGGUAGGGGUAGUCAGUAGGCCCCCUGCUUAUGAUCUAACCCAAUUCUCAACUUAUUUUUGCAGUUCACAUCAGCUUUGAAGUAAAUCUGAGGAAAAAGGAAAUGGCAACCCCAUCAAGGAUCGGCCUUGCAGGCCUUGCAGUCAUGGGUCAAAAUCUCGCCCUCAACAUUGCUGAGAAAGGAUUCCCAAUUUCUGUUUACAAUCGGACAACUUCAAAAGUUGACGAGACGGUAGAGAGAGCAGAGAAGGAAGGAAACCUCCCAUUAUAUGGGUUUCAUGAUCCUAAGUCCUUCAUUAAUUCACUCCAGAAGCCACGUGUUGUGAUCAUGCUUGUGAAGGCUGGUGCGCCUGUAGAUCAAACAAUUGAGACCCUUUCUGUUUACUUGGAGAAAGGAGACUGUAUUAUUGAUGGUGGUAACGAGUGGUAUGAGAACACAGAGAGGAGACAGAAAGCCAUGGCUGAAAAAGGCCUGCUUUAUCUAGGAAUGGGAGUUUCAGGUGGUGAAGAAGGUGCUAGAAACGGACCUUCUAUGAUGCCUGGAGGAUCCUUUGAGGCUUACAAGUAUAUAGAAGACAUUCUUCUCAAAGUGGCUGCUCAAGUUCCUGAUAGUGGACCUUGUGUUACAUACAUUGGCGAAGGUGGGUCUGGGAAUUUCGUGAAAAUGGUCCACAAUGGGAUUGAAUAUGGUGAUAUGCAACUGAUUGCGGAGUCCUAUGAUGUUCUUAAAUCCGUUGGAAAGCUAUCCAAUGAGGAACUACACGAGGUUUUCUCAGAGUGGAACAAAGGGGAGCUUUUGAGCUUCUUGAUUGAGAUCACAGCUGAUAUUUUUGGAAUCAAAGAUGACAAGGGAGAUGGGCAUUUGGUGGACAAGGUCUUGGACAAAACCGGUAUGAAGGGUACCGGCAAAUGGACUGUUCAACAAGCUGCUGAUCUGUCAGUAGCAGCCCCCACCAUAGCUGCUUCUCUGGACUCGAGAUUCCUCAGUGGACUGAAAGAAGAAAGGGUUGCAGCAGCUAAGGUCUUCAAGUCGGGUGGUGUGAGUGACAUUCUAUCUGAUCAGGUUGUGGAUAAAAAGAAGCUGAUUGAUGACGUUAGGCAAGCCCUUUAUGCCUCCAAAAUCUGCAGUUAUGCGCAGGGAAUGAACUUGAUACGUGCUAAGAGUGUAGAACAAGGGUGGGACUUGAAACUAGGCGAGCUUGCUAGGAUCUGGAAGGGUGGAUGCAUCAUCCGUGCUAUAUUUUUGGACCGUAUCAAGCAGGCUUAUGACAGGAACCCGGAUCUUGCGAACCUGCUGGUGGAUCCAGAGUUUGCAAAGGAAAUGAUCGAGAGGCAGUCGGCUUGGAGAAGAGUUGUGUGUCUUGCUAUCAACUCGGGUAUUAGCACUCCUGGUAUGUCUUCUAGUCUUGCUUAUUUUGACACAUACCGAAGGGGGAGAUUGCCUGCUAAUUUGGUUCAAGCUCAAAGAGAUUAUUUUGGAGCUCAUACGUAUGAGAGGACCGAUAUCCCUGGGUCCUUCCAUACCGAGUGGUUCAAGCUUGCUAAAGCAUCAAAGAUAUGAAUUCUGUUGAUUUGCUUAAACCUGAUGUGGGUAGUUUGCUGGUACCCUUGUUGUUAUGAAUUUGUGUUUUAAGAUGCUGAUUAUGUGGUUCUUAUGGUUUGUUUUUAACCAUCUUCUGGAAUAAGAAUAUGCAUCUUUGUUUUGUUCUA